CCGGAGAUAUUUUUGCAAAUCAACCCCGCAGCUCUACUGUUUUCCGCUUCCAUCUUCUUCCUUUCUUCCCAACACCAACCGCAUCAUCAUCCAUCACCCAUACGCGCGGCGGAGAGAUCGUUCCAUCGAUCGAUCGAUCAGCUCGCGGCUGGAUCGAGGCGAAGACGCAUCAGAUAUUGAUCAGAUGGAGGUGGAGGAGAUGAAGCCGGCCGGCGCCGGUGGGACGACGGUGGGCGACGGCUUCUUCACGGAGGCCGAUCUGGCGGCGGCGGACCAGCUCGUGCAGCUCAGCGUCAGCGGCGGCGGGUGCGAGGACGAUGGCUACGACUCCUCCUCGUCCACCACGCUGCAGUCGGUGAACAACGCCGAGGCGUCGGCGGCGAUGGACGACGACGACGACAUGGGGCUGGAUAGGAGGGUCAGGAAGAGGUACCGCCACCUGUCGGAGCUCUACGCCGCCACGCUGCCGGUGAAGGAGAACCACGGCGGCGGCAAGCGGAAGAAGAGAGAGGAGGACAUGGGGAAGAAGAAGCAGCCGCAGCCGCAGCCGCAGCCGCAGCCGCGCUAGAGGAAUCGGGAACGCACGGAUGGAUGGACGGACCUAUCUGUAAAUAUUUUCUUCUCGUAGGGUGUUUGCUUUCACUUUUUUUGGUUAAUUUAGUUUUCUCCUUUUGCCACCUGCGCGUGGAAUGGACCGAGAAAAAGAAGAAUUUGUACAAAGUUUGAGUUUUGGUUUUCAAACAAUCGAUGACACGCAGCGAUCGGUCGGCUUGCAAGAGGUUUUUUGUACACGCUGCCUGUGAAAUGUAUCGAAUUUUUGUUUAUUUUUUCGAAUUGAAUGCUUUGGUUGCUUGCUUC